GCAACUGUACCUCGUGGUGGUCAGCGCUGAGUGUGAAGUGGCUGGUGUUAGGGACACUGAACGUUUGCACACUUGGUUCCGAGCCUGAGCAGGUCGAGCAUCACCAACGGCCUUCAUCAUGUCGCGCCCCGAGUAUGCCGCUCCGCCCGAGCUGUUUUACAAUGCCGACGAAGCAGCCAAGUAUACACAAAAUACGCGCAUGAUUCAAAUUCAGCGACAGCUGACGGAGCGCUGUCUGGAGCUGUUGAAUUUGCCUGCUGAGCGCGCCUGUUUUCUUCUCGAUGUGGGCUGCGGCUCUGGUCUCUCUGGCGAGCAGCUGACGUAUGGUGGUCACAUCUGGAUCGGCAUGGAUAUCAGCCGAGACAUGUUGGAUGUUGCCAACGAGCGCGGCUGCGAGGGUGAUCUGUUUGAAGCAGACAUGGGCCAAGGGGCUUUUUACAAACCAGGAACCUUCGAUGGCGUGAUCAGCGUGUCCGCACUUCAGUGGCUGUGCAACCAAGACAAGCGGUGGCACGAGCCUCGCAAGCGCCUCAAAAAGUUCUUCACAACGCUGUAUGGUUGUAUGUGGCCCGGCCUAUCUGCUUCCUUCCCCACUGAUCUUUGGUGGCUGGAGAUGAUUACGCACGCAGCCAUGAAGGCCGGCUUUACCGGCGGCGUUGUUGUGGAUUACCCUCACAGUACACGUGCAAAGAAAAUCUACCUGUGCCUGUUUGCGGGUGUUGUGGGCAACGUGCCGCGCGGCAAAACGGGGGAAGAGGGUGCCAAUCAGCAAAGUGCUGGCGCGUCCUUUUCCAAGCAGGAGCGUCGUGACAAGCGCAAGCAGCGAGCCACCAAGGGACGCGAUUGGAUCAUGCAGAAGAAGGAACGCAGGCGCAAGCAGAUUGGCCAGCGCGAGGUGCGUCCCGAUACCAAGUACACGGGUCGCAAGCGUGCCGACAAAUUUUAACCAAAAGCUAGACUCGAAGGAGGGGUGGAUCGUGCUUUGGCUUUUGUUUCUGUCUGUUCUGCUUGACUUUGUGAGGAGAGGCUUUGUCGAGAAGGUGUUUUGUAUUCGGUUCAGUCUGUGCCGAUCUUGUGAAAUUGAUGGUCGUGUCA